AUGGUCCUCCUCAGCAUCCUUAGAACCCUUCUUCUUUGGGUACUGGUGAUUUUUAUGGAACACAGGGCCCAAAUGGCAAGGGUAGGACAGCCCUCUAUUGCUCUCCUGGCUGAGGCUCCUACCUUGCCUCUGAGUCAGGAGCUGCUAGGAGAAGCCCCUAGCAAGCAGCAGAGGAAACCACGGCUCCUAGGACAUCCCCUGCGGUACAUGCUGGAGUUGUACCAGCGUUCGGCUGACCAGCGGGGACACCCUAGAGAGAACCGCACCAUUGGCGCCACCAUGGUGAGGCUGGUGAGGCCCUUGGCCAGUGUAGCUAGGCCACUCAGAGGCCCUUGGCAUAUACAGACCCUGGAGUUUCCUCUAAGACCAAACCAAGUGGCUUACCAACUAGUCAGAGCCAUCGUAGUUUACCGUCAUCAACUCCACCUAGCUCACGUCCACUUCUCCUGCCAUGUGGAGCCCUGUGCCCAGAAAACCCUAACCAACCAUUUUCCUUCUUCAGAAGGAGGUUCCUCAGAGACUUCCCUUCUUUCCAAAGCUUGGACAGAGAUGGACAUCACACAACAUGUUCAGCAAAUGUUCUGGAAUCACAAAGGGCGCAGGGUCCUACAACUCCACUUUAUGUGUCAGCAGCAAAAAGGUAGUGAGAUUCUUGAGCUCCGGUGGCAUGGGACUUCAUCCAUGGAUGUUGCCUUCUUGUUACUUUAUUUUAAUGACACCAAUAAAAGUGUUCAGAAGGCCAUACUUCUCCCCAGAAGCCUGGAGGAGUUUAUGGAAAGGGAAUUAUCUCUUCCAUUUCGGAAAUCCCGGCAAGCGGGCAGCAUUGUAUCUAAGGUUCCUGGCCCCUCCUGGGGAUAUGAUGGGCCUGAACAGAACCAGUGUUCCCUCCACACUUUCCAAGUCAGCUUCCACCAGCUGGGCUGGGAUCACUGGAUCAUUGCUCCCCAUCUCUACACCCCAAACUACUGUAAGGGAGUCUGCCCUCGGGUACUACGUUACGGUCUCAAUUCCCCCAAUCAUGCCAUUAUCCAGAACCUUGUCAAUGAGCUGGUGAACCAGAGUGUCCCUCAACCCUCCUGUGUCCCUUAUAAGUAUGUUCCCAUUAGCGUCCUUCUGAUUGAGCCAAAUGGGAGUAUCUUGUACAAGGAAUAUGAGGAUAUGAUUGCCCAGUCCUGCACGUGCAGGUGACACCAAAGAUACAGCUAGCUCAGGUUUCCCAAGAAACUGUAAAAGGAUUAAAAAUAAACAAUUAUCAAUGUUAAAACUGCAAGUGUUCCUUUACCCAAUCCAUAUGGUCUAUUUCUUCCCCAAGUGUAGUUAAGUCUCUUCUAUUUGUGAACUCUUCAGUUUUUUUUUUAAUUUAAUUAAUUAAUUAAUUUAUUUAUUUAUAAUAACUUUUAUUAAACUUCAACUGAACGUUUACAAAUCCAAUCAGUCUGUCACGUAUAAGUUUACAUACAUCUCACUCCCUACUCCCACUUACUCUCCCCCUCUUGAGUCAGCCCUUUCAGUCUCUCCUUUCUUGACAAUUUUGCCUGAAUCCCUCUCUCUCUAUCCUCCCAUCCCCCCUCCAGACAAGAGUUGCCAACACAAUCUCAAGUGUCCACCUGAUAUAAUUAGCUCACUCUUCAUCAGCAUCUCUCUCCCACCCGCUGACCAGUCCCUUUCAUGUCUGAUGAGUUGUCUUCGGGGAUGGUUCCUGUCCUGUGUCAACAGAAGGUCUGGGGAGCAUGGCUGCCGGGAUUCCUCUAGUCUCAGUCAGACCAUUAAG